AUGAAAAUUGCGGUAGUUGGUUCCGGAGUGUCUGGGCUGGCUGUAACAUGGCUUCUAAACGAACACAGCGAGCAUGAGGUCCAUCUGUACGACUCCGAUUCGCGUCCAGGAGGCCAUGCAAACACGGUACGUUUCGUGCCACCAGGACAGCAAUUCGGGGACUCGGGCAGCAUCCAGGUUGAUACUGGUUUCAUUGUCUUCAAUCCAAGCACUUAUCCAAACUUCCUUCGCUUCCUCAAACAAUUCGUCAAUGUUGAUAUCCUUCCUACUGAAAUGACAUUUAGCGUCUCACGGGAUAAGGGCCUAUUUGAAUUUGAAUGGGCUGGUAACAAUUUAAAGAGUGUAUUCUGCCAGCCAUCCCGAGUACUUGAACCCAGGAUGUGGCGUUUACUAUAUGAUGUUCUUCGUUUCAAUGCAUGUGCUCGAAGACUCGUCACUGCGUGCAAUCAAACCUUGGAGGAUCACAACAUGUCUAUUGGUAAAUACCUCGAUCGCGAGGGGUAUUCGCUAUCUUUUCGCGACGACUACCUCAUUGCAAGUCUUCUAUCACUUCUUUAUAUUAUUGUUAGCGUAGUAACUUUGUGGAUUCAAUUCAUGGCCAAUCAUCAUCUGCUCCAAAUAACUGGGAAGCCUGCUUGGCUGACUAUCCGAGGAGGAAGUCGAAAUUACGUUGAUGCAAUUACAGCGGAAUUACCAAAAAACUGCCUUCACCUCUCUACGCCCGUCAUUUCCCUGAGCACAGGCCACUUGCUACCAGGCAAGUCGUCUCUCAUCGAACUCCGCACUGCAGGAAACAAUCACAGUGCAACCCUGUACGAUCGUGUCAUUCUCGCAUGUCACUCAGACACCGCGCUUUCCAUCCUCAAGGCGGGCCAAGGUCUAACCGAUAUAGAAGAUCAAAUACUGAGUCGUUUUCGCUGGAGUAACAAUGAAGCAGUCUUGCAUGCGGACACCAACGUGAUGUUGCGCCAUUUUCUACCUGUCACGUUGCUAACUGGAGGAAACAGCUUAUGCCUAAACGCCGUCUUGCAUGGUCAUGCUGGAACUAUCUAA